AUGCAAUUAACUCAAUAUCUUGCUUUAUUAUUCUUGGCUACUGCCACUCUCGCUAAGAAUAUUCUUUUAACUAAUGAUGAUUCUUGGAUCUCUACAAACAUUAGAGCUACAUACUAUAAGUUGAAAGAAGCUGGUCAUGAAGUUUACUUAGUUGCUCCAGUUUCUCAAAGAUCUGGUUGGGGUGGUCGUUUCGAUGUUCCAACUUCUCCUACUUUACAAACUGAUGGUGAAUUUGGUUAUGUUAAGGCUGGUGCUCCAUCUUGGGGUCAUGAAGAUUUUGAUGAUCACAUUUGGUAUUUCAAUGGUACUCCUGCUUCAGCUGUUGCAUUUGCUUUAACUUAUGUCUUCCCAGUUCACUUUAACUUAUCUGAAGAUUUCAGACCUGAUUUAGUUGUUUCUGGUCCAAAUGAAGGUACUAAUCCAGGAGCUUUCUACACUAUUUCUGGUACUAUGGGUGCUACUUAUAACUCAGUUUACAGAAAUAUUCCAGCUAUUGCUUUUUCUGGUUCUAAUGGUAACAAUUCUUUAUACACUGAUUUCUUAGAUCUUAAUGAUACUUUAGAACCAUCUACUAUUUAUGCUGGAUUAGUCACCGAAUUAGUUGACACUUUGUUUAAAUCUCAAGGUGACAAUGAAAGAGCUUUGCCAUUAGGUGUUGGUUACAAUGUUAACUUCCCACCUGUUGGUUAUCAAAAUGAAACUUGUAUUUCUCCAAAAUGGACUAAUACUAGAUUCUCUGGUUUAGCUGCUGCCGGUGCUGAUAUGUAUUACAAUGCUACUUCUAAUUCAUUUGUUUGGACCUCUUCCUCUUGGGAUGCUCUUGCUGCUUGUUACAAUGGUGAUUGUUCUUUACCAUCUGAAAACUACGUUCUUGCUUAUGGAAGUUGUCAAACCACAGUUUCUGCUUUCUCUAUUGAUUAUGAUGCCAAUACUGAAUUAAGUGCCCAAUCCAAUGCAUUAUUCGCUCCAUUAUUCAAUUAG